AAGAAGUGUCUGACAACCCGACACAAAGGCACCCGAUGAAUGUAAGAAGCACAAUAUGAGGUUGAAGUAGAGGAAUCAAAAUGAAGCAGGAGAAACGCUGAUCCUGGGAUGACUGCAGACUGGAUUUUAGGGAGGCAGAGGAAAAAGUGGGUCAGCAAAGCGAGUAAAGACAGGGAGAAGCAUGUGUUGGAGGAGAAGAGGAGAGGGGAGACAGACAUGGAGAGGAAUCCUCAGCAGCUCUUAAACUACAGUAACAAGUGGACACUUGAGUAAUCAGCGGAGAUUCAGACAGAAAUGCAACAGGAAGAAUGCUGGAGCAGCUGUUCUAUUCCUGCUGGCUGAUCCCACCCCUGUGAAUUCCAGCCCGCCGGUGGAACGAUGCUUCCCGUGCUUACGCAGAGGGGCGUCAGAGUGUGUUCAGGAAACGAGAUUUUGUUGACGGGGAGUUUGACGGCUGACAUCAGAUAGAUGUCUAAUGUAGGACUUAAUGAGUCUGAUCAUCUCCUGCCAAAAAAAGUGUUUGUAUCUCAACCAGUUUAGCAACUUCCUGUAAAUGACGAGCCGGCAUUUCUAUGCUCUCUGAGACAGACGCAUUCCCAGAAAUGGCGAACCGACCCACAGAACCCCCAGAGGAUCCCAGGAAGCAGAGCUUCUGGAUGCCAGGAAAUUAUGUGCGUACCGUGCACCGAACUGAGCAAUCCUUCCGGGCCUGCAAUGACAUUGUGGCUUGUUUUGUGGAGAGAGCAAAGGUGGAAAAACAAUACGCUCAGCAGCUUAACCAGUGGAGCAACAAAUGGAAGUCGGUGGUGGAUACUCGGCCUCUUUAUGGCUCCCUCAUGAUGGCAUGGCAGUGUUUCUUCACCUCCACUGAACGAUUGUCUGCCCUCCACUCCUCCAUCGCUCAGUCACUUGUCACAGAAGAAGGAGAACGAGUGAAAACCUGGCAGAAAGAGACCUUCCCAAAGAAAAUCUUCUGUGGCUUCAAGGAGACCUAUGACAACAAAACGAGUUUUUCACGAGCCCAGAAGCCCUGGUCCAAAAAGCUGCAAAAGCUGGAGAAAGUCCGAGCUUCAUAUCACAAGACUUGUCAGAAGGAGCAAGCAGCUCUUGACAAAGAAAGACAAGCAAGAGAAAGCUCUGAGAUGAGUGAGGAGAAAAAGCUGAAGAUCACUGAGGCCAAAGAGAAGGCCACUGAGGAGAAAGAAAAGGUCAGGGAUCGAUACGAGAAAAUGCUGGAGGAAGUGUCGUCUUACACGCCCAGGUACAUGGAGGAAAUGGAAGCCAUUUUUGAACAGUCGCAGGAAGAAGAGAGAAAGAGGAUCAGCUUUCUGAAGCAAGUGUUUCUCUCCAUCCACAGACAUCUGGACGUCACCAACAACGAGAGCGUGAAGGCUGUUUACAGCGAGCUCCAUCAGACCUUGAUGUCCAUCGACGAGCAGGAUGACCUCAAAUGGUGGAAGAACAAUCACGGCCCGGGCAUGCCGACCGACUGGCCAAAGGUCGAGGAAUGGGCUCCACCUGUGAAAAAACUAAAGAGGAAAAAAAGAGACCAGAAAGGAAAAGAAAGUCGAACUGUGAUGAUCGGGGGUGUGAAGGUGAAAGCGUUGUAUGACUACGUGGGAGAGGAAGGUGAUGAGCUAUCUUUUAAAUCAGGUGAAAUCUUCCUGAAGGUGGAGGAGGAAGAUGACCAGGGCUGGUGCAGAGGGGUGCUGAGUGGAGGCAAGGAGGGUUUCUACCCAGCUAAUUAUGUUGAAGUUGUUGAGUCCAACAUCUGAUGUCCUCAACUUUCCUUUACCUCUGAAAUAUGUUUUUUAUAAUUAUACUUAAAACAGGAUUUGUUAUUAUCGCCAUCUGACAUCUUUUUGAAAUGAAGCCCUUAAUAUUCUAACUUACUGUUUGACUUUUUCUGUAAAAAUGUAACUUAUAUAUAUAGAUAUAUCACUAAAAUUGUUUAGCAACAAUAUGUUUUUGCAUAUGUAUGAGUGUGUGUUUGCAUGCUGCUGCGCAUGUUAAGAAGAAAGUAUUUAUUCUUUUUUUGUGUCAAAGGUCAUGUGAUGAAGAUGAUCACAAAGAAGCAUGUUUACAAUGCUGCAUGCAUUCAGAGUUCAUGUUUACUUCAUGAGUUUUAUGUGAAAGCACUCAGAAGACUCCUCCACGGAGUGGAUUUUCAAAAUAAAACUGUUGUUGUUUUGCUUCUAAUCAUGUUGAAACAUAAUCUUUAUUAAAAACUGUUUUGAGUGUCA